UCCUGUAUAUAAGUCCAUCUAUGACAAUUGCAAUCUAGCCUGAUUUUCACAUUCAAAUCCAAUCUUUUCUGAAUCUCGGUUCCUCUCUCCGCCGCUCUACGGCUCUUAGAGACGUCGCUAAGAGAGAGAAGGAAAAUGGCGGUUUCUAGGGUUUCUUUUGGAGUGUUAGCUUUUGCUGUUGCUCUCGUUUUCGCCAUUGCCUUGCCUUCUGUCCAGGCCCAGUCUUUUGCUCCCGCUCCUUCUCCCACCAGCGACGGGACAUCAAUAGACCAAGGAAUUGCCUAUGUGUUGAUGCUGGUGGCCUUGGUGCUCACUUACCUCAUUCAUGCCGCUGAUUUUUGCAGCUUUUAAUAGUUGCAUUGCAUCUACUUAGGGUUUUCCUGUGAGAGGACGGAUGGAAAGGAGGAUGUGAAUGUAAAGUCUGUGUUGAAGGGUUUUUUUUAUGAAUUUUUUAUAUGUAAUAAUUUCAGAUUUUUUUAGUUAUUGAAUUUGUUAUCUUAAUCUUAUUGGUCUUUUAGUGCUGUUGUUACUGUUA